AUGGCUCCCGAUCCCCCUGCUACAGAAUCUGGCUCCGGCUCAGACAAUGACGAAGACAAGCAGAGUGUUGUAAGCAACUCAAGCACGAUGGCGACUACAGAUGACUUCAAAGUCGAUCUUCUCAAGGCAAUCAAAGACAUCAAGACCGUGGAGAAGUUUGCAUUCGAUCAAGAAAUUGAGAUUCCCGAGGAUUUCAACAUCUCUGUUCAAGGUGUUGGCGAUAUCAAACCUCCGCUCAAGAAGGCACAAGCAGUGAAGAUUAUCACUCAGGCACGACAAGCGCCUUUUGGAAGAGGAAGUGAUACUAUCGUCGACACUUCAGUCCGAAAAAACCUGGGAACUCGAUCCUGA